AUGGACAGCCCCCGCGGGGUGGGGGGCCGACAGGUGGGGUCACUGCGCUGCCCCCCAGCAGAACCAGUCCUGCCUGAGGCUGCGCGCUUCCUCAGUUCCCUUGAGUUGGGCAAAUUCAGGCGGGAGACAAAGUGUGUCCCUCGUGGGACUGUUCAGAGAACCGUGAUGAGGAGAGGAGAGUCUGUGUCGCACAGACCCGGCUUCGAACCUGGGCUUGGCCGCUUCCUCGGGGAAGAGGGCCUGGCCGGAGCAGCCGCCCAACACAAUGAGCACGUUAGAUCCACAAGCUGGCGUCCAUGA